CCCACGGUGAUCCAGUAUUGGUCGUGGAGCUGUUCGGGCGGGCUUUUGGGGCUAUUAGCCCACUUGCCAUACCAGCCGCUGCAAUCGAUGUAUGCCAAGGAGCAUCGCGACAGAAAAACCACUGCGAGGGGGAGCAAUCUGGCGAGCUCGGGCCGUCGGAAUGACCGCAUGCUGCUGGCGCAAGCAGCGUUAAUAAGUUGCGUUGAAUUCAUCGCACAGGUUUUACUAUAUAGCGCUGCCUCGGUCUGGCCAUGUGCUUUACGAAACCUAAGAUGAACGGGGACCAGACCUCGAUUCAGUCAGACAGGAAACUAACCCGGCGCUUUGGAGCCCAGGAGCCCUUCGCCAAAGUUCGUAAGUGCGAGAAGUCGUUAAUUAAACCAGUAAAAUUUUCAACACGGUGUAACGUGUAUUAACGCUACUGCAAGCUGAUACAGCAUGACUCUUGUCGGGCGCGGCACAGUGCUGUGCGUCUGCGCCCUGCUCCUCGGAUGGCUCGCUCUGGGCCCACGCGGUGUCGCCUUCGCGGACGCUGCCGGGCGGCUGCAGCAAGCAGAUGUCGACAACGUGUCAGUGUCGGAGGCUGCGAUGCCACAACCCGGGGCGCAUAAUGUGGGCGUCAGUGUGGAAACGCCGGAGGUUGGGUUGUGGGUCUGGAGCAGGGCAGGACCUGGCUUGGGCUGGGGCCUUCGCAGGCUGCUCGGCGGGAAGAACAAGGGCAAGGCUGCCCCUCUACCUACGACGGGGCAGACACUACACGUCAAGCUCAAGAGCAAUGGCAAGGGGAAGGCUGCAGUUGCGACGGUGGAUUCCGCCGGUGGAGUGCAGUCCGCAGGACAGGAGUUUAAUGCCAAACGAGCAAUCAACAACAACAACAAGAAAGGCAGCAGCAGCGGCAGCAGCAGCAGCAGCAGCAGCAGCAAAUUAACACCUGCGGCCCAAGGGAAGGCCAGCAGUAGCAAAACGGCGGUGCUGAACAACCUGCCCGCAAACUGGGGGUGGAAGGCGCUUGCCAGCCCUUACGGCAAUGGUGGCCCCGACAUCAGGAACGCCUUCGCAGAGUUGCAGCCCCAGCUGGCUGCAAAGUGGCCCGGCAGCAUCACACACGAGGAGGCGGCGCAGGGAGCACAGGGCGACAUUGGUGGCGGCGUGAAGCUCAAGGGUUACAAUGGGAACACCCCGCGUAUUGAGUAUCAAUCCUCGCAGAUUAAGAUAUCCGACCUUAAGGGCAAGCCGGUCAUGGACAGCACGGGCAAGCAGCUGAGCUUCCGGGCCAUUGACUAUCAAUACGGAACCAAGUCAUUUGCCAGAGUGCAGGUGCCGGUGGGGUACCAGGUCCCAGCCAAGGUCGUGAUGGCAGGUCUAGAGCUCAGCUUUGGAUCCGGCAAGACCGUAGGCAGCGCAUACAACCGACCGGUUGCCGUUCUGCCCCCCGUCAACGCCGAUGGCAGAAGCUUUAAGUCCUUUGCAAAGGCAGGCUUGGCUAGUCAGGCAGAUGGAGACUCAGCAAUCCCGUGGACGGUUGUAGAAGCCCAGGUCGCGUCGGAUCUCAGCACCGGCACCGGCCUGGCUGAUCGUCAGAACAACCUUGUGCUAUUUAGCUCUGAUCCCAAACAGCCCAUUGAAAUGUCAGACCCUGACAGCAACGUGUGGCAGGAGUCGUACAAACCCGGAAGCAGCGCCAUAGACGGCGGUAUGGCGAACCCCAGGCAGACACCCAAGGCGCCGCCGCCUUGCGAUCGCCGGCGGCGCAGCAGGAGCGUGCGGCGACUGCAGCAGGCGGACACCGCCUGUGGCCCCAACAGCGGGGGCGGUACCCCGGGCGGCAGGGAGGGCGGCCAGACGGGCACGACGGCUCCUGGUGAUGCGCCGGCUUCUAGCAGUGAUCAGCAGGGUGGUGAGCAGGGCGGCCCGAGCGGCAUGACCAACAAGAAAUGCCGCUGGGUGCAGUACAAGAGGUCGAAUGGGAGCACGGGCCGGCGCAAGCGGUGCACUGGUAGUGGUAGCGGUGGCAAUAGCUUUUUCGGGCGUUGAGGAUCAGGAAUGGGCGUGAAUUGUGCUGCGUAGGCUGGCCGGUGCGUCGGCAUACUGAUGGUGCGCACUGCUAGUGCCGCGUGCAUGCCGGGUAGUCAUGUGGAUCGCUGCGGCGCGCAGCGGCUGUUUGUGGGCCAGAUGGUACAUACAAAGGCGACUACAGGGUACCGUGUCAAUCGCUCAUCCUUGCCUCUUAUGCGGCGCUGGCGACACAACGGUAUGGUUGAAGGAAGCAUGCAUGUUGAUUGCCCGCCUCGCUCCCUCGAGGUUUAUGAGCUUACAAUGACGACAGCACGCGUGGAGUAACUGAUUUGCGGUCCGGGUGGUUAGUUUGAUGGGGGCAAGCGUAUGGUAGUACCGUAAUACCCAUCUCUGUGUCAUGCAAUCUCUUCGCGGCCACACCUGCGUGAGUUUAGCUACUUGAAUACCUACGCAUGCAGAUUGCAUUGGUUACAAGAGGGACCUGCUGACGCAGUUGACGAGCCAGUGACGUGGAGAACGAACACCCUGAUCUGGACCCCAGGGGCGUGCCGCCUGCAAUGCCGUCGGCCUACUCUAGCUUUAGUAGGCUUGCUCCCAUAGGACGCUCCUCCCGCCAUACCGAACAUGUAUGUUACUAGGUGCCAUCACUCCACCUCCUCUUCCAUUAUGACACUUCGUGGUCUGUUCAGCUUCAUACUUCCAUCUGCUCUUCACUCAAUCCAAGGGUGGCCUGGCGAGACUCGGUCCCACCCCCUCGGUUUGGCACCAAGACACACAUACGAUUGUAACCUAGACGAGAAGUCUGCUAUAACUUGCGAUUUGAUGCGCGCCAUGCAGUUCAACACCUGCGCACUUAGGGGCUGGUUGCAAGACUCCCAACUUGGCCCCGUCGUGGUUUCAUGCUCGAGUAUCAACCCGGCAGCAGCGGAGAAGGUGGAGGCGGCAGCGCGAGAGGUGGCAGCGAGCGAGGCGGCAGCAACGGAGGUGGCCCGUGGCGGCGUGGCCGCUGCGGCCGGUCGGAGAGGUGACGUGUGGACUUCGUGUGGAACCUCAACUUGGAAGAGCGAGGGAUAUGGCACGGACGGUAGUUUGACAGUGACAGUGUAUACGGAUCUUUUAGCUGGGCGCGUGUGAGCAAGGGAGUGGGGGUGAGCAAAGUGUCGAAUGAGGUUGAAUCCAAAAUCCUU